AAGACACGUUAUGGCUCAUUUCUAGAAGGUUGUGCUGAAAUAUCAUCUCCAGAUGGAGGAAGAGUCUGAGACGCUCUCGGCCGCCAUGGCAAACACCUUGCAAGUGUCAGAAACCACUACAGACCAAGACGAAGACCAUUUCUUCGACUGUGAGGACACUUUAUCUGGAGAAGUCAGACACUCUGAUGUUAUAAUGGCUCAAAACGACAGACUGGAGGCAGACGCAAGGACAGAGAAGGACUUUGGGUCUGAAACUGAGAGACUAGAAAACACUAAACCAUGUUUGGAUCAUUCUGACAGGUCCGAUGAAAACAGACGGGACUCUUUAACGUCAGACCCACAUCUGGACAAAGACAACGACGAAGAGCAGGAGAAAUGGGAGAACGAUGAACAUUCAGAUGCUGAAUUUAAAGAAGAGACGGUCAAAGUAGCCGAGUAUGAUGAUGAAUACCUGCGCGAGCUGGAGAAAGACCUGACAGAGGAGGACAGAGAGAGCAGGAGAAAGGAGAGUUUAGAGCUGAAGGAAAAGGGAAAUGCACAGUUUAAGAGCGGAGAGCAUGUGGAGGCUGAAGAGUCGUACUCUGCCGCUCUGAAACUCUGUCCUGUUUGCUUCACUAAAGACAGAUCCAUACUCUUCUCCAAUCGAGCUGCUUCACGCCUGCAUCAGGAUAAAAAAGACGGCGCUAUUAGUGACUGCUCUAAAGCCAUAGAACUUAAUCCAAAUUAUGUCCGUGCCAUUUUACGGAGAGCAGAACUCUACGAGAAGACAGACAAGCUGGAUGAAGCUCUAGAGGACUACAAAACUGUCCUGGAGAAAGACCCGGGCAUCCCUGCUGCUAGAGAAGCCUGUAUGCGAUUGCCACGGCAAAUUGAAGAGCGCAACGAAAAGAUGAAAGAAGAGAUGAUGAGCAAGUUGAAGGACUUGGGCAACAUGAUUUUACGACCCUUUGGUCUCUCAACCUCCAACUUCCAGGUCAACCAAGACACCAACACAGGAUCCUACUCCAUUAAUUUUGUGCAGAAUCCCAAUAACAACAACAGAUAACAAUCUGAAGUCUUUUAUUCUAGUAAUAAACUGCCCCUUUCAAGUAUUUGUAAAACUAUCUAGUCAUACUCCAUGUUUAAAGGUAUAGUUCACUCAAAAAUUCGAAUUUACCCCCCUUCAAGAGUUUUUAAACCAUUAUGAGUUGCUUUAUUGUCGAACACACACACAAACACACACAAAUUAGUUUUGAAUAUAAUAUGUGCUGAAAACCUGUAACCAACUGCCAUAGACAGAAAACAAAUACUAUGGAAGUCAAUGGUUCCAGGUUUUUAGCUUUCUUCAAAAUAUCUCAUUUUGUUUUCAACUGCAGAAACUCAAACAGUUAUAGAACAAGUAAAGGGUGCGUAAAUUGACAGAAUUUAAUUGACAUUUUGAGUGAACGAUCCCUUUAAACCAACUCAUUCAUCCAUGUUAGCAGAAUAAGUCGUCACAGAAUAGUAACCCAAGCUGUUUUCAUUGGAAUAGACCAAAUACAUUCAUCAACUCAUGUCAAGUGGCUUUUGAUUUUCGGCAUGCCAGAGUGUUUCGUUUGCUGUGAAACUGAGCAGUGAGAAUAACGGCCUUCAUCUCUCCAUCCAAACCUCGUGACCUGCAGUAUUCAAACUCACCUGCGUUCACAUUAAACCAGCUGUUAUUUAA